AUCUUCUCCAACACCCUCAACCGGUAUGCCCCCAAGAACGCGAAGAUACCCCGGCAAAUUGCCCACGAGAGCCUCGAAGCGGCUCAACGCCGCCGACAGUCAUCACCAAGGACAUGUCCCCAGCAGCGCGCCCCUUCCCAAUUUCUUGACUCGCCUCCCCCCCGAAGUCGGCAGCAUCAUCUAUCACCACAUCAAAGUCUCGGCAUCGAGAUCCGAUAUCUUCAGCCUCUGCUGUACAAGCGAGACGACGUACUUCACCUUCAUCCCCAUCCUGUACGACACCGUCAGGCUGAGUGCUCGUAAUGUGCAAUCGUUCUUUGGGGAUCUGUGCACCCACAGAUCCUGUGCUCAGCCGGUAUCCAUUCUGUGCCCAAGGCCGGGAUUGGAGCCGGAGGUGAUACAGAGCACUCUGCCCUACGUCUCUCUGAGGUUACUGCGAAAAUUGGUCAAUUUCAACCCGUACUUUUGGCUUCUCGCCGCUGGCCGCUUCACCGACACCCCGCCGACUCCCCAACAGCUCGAGAGCACCUCUUCCCUCUUCAAAAAGAUCAUACUCUGCCUCUCUAUCAAGAAGAUCAUCAUCGAAGACCUCGCCGCCUGCCAAGCUAUUCGCGAAUUCUCCCGUCUGGUCCGCUCGCGCUUUCUCGGUUACCCAUUGUAUGAGCCCGGAAAAGAACAAAGCAUUACGGGCUUUGUCAGUUUCGCUUUCAAGAACGUCGAAUGGUUGGUGCUUGGCGAGGGUGUCACCAAGGAUAUGGAGGCUUGCUUCGACCAUCAGACGACGAUGGAGAGGAGACGGCGGGUACGUGAGAUGAUGCAGUUCGUAGAUCCUUGCCGCAUCUGCGCCUGGUCGUUCAAAGAUGUUCAAACGCAUUCGAUAUUCGAUCUCGGCCUCGAAUCUUGGCACGGAAAACCCCUGCUAAAGCAGUUUGUGCUUCACAAUACUCGAUACUUCUGCGCCCCGCCUGCUGAAUGUAUGAAGUAUUACUUGAGGCCGGGAAACCCGCCGUUUCCACAUGGAAAGCCGAUAGCGAACUCCCUGGCUGAAGCGUUUGCAAAGCCCUCCCGAACUGAUGGACGCUAUUCUAUUCAGGAGGCUCGACGAAUAGAGAUCUACAACACCAAAGCUACCCAUCAUCAAGUCGCCCGCAAGAUUGCAGCAAGAGCGCACGGUGUGGGUUUAGAGGCAUGGGAGAAGUGGAAAGGGGUAUUGGUGAUGAAUAACAACACGAAGGCGCCGGCGAAGCCGUGUGAAGGAUGUGGACUUGCAAGAUGAAUAAUCGUCUUCAGUGGGGGUCGGUUUACAUGAUGUUAUACUGUUCGAAUCUGUGUUUGAGCCUGAUACGUUUGGGGAUUGGUCGCCGUCGUCGCUGGAACCGUUCUCGGAGGAUUACCUAUAAGUACAUGAACAACAUAACGCACAUAUGGGGCGCCCCUUCCCCUAGAACGAUGAUCGUACUGC